AUGCCGUCGUCUCAUGCUCAAGAAGUUCAGCUCCAAACCAUAAUAGGAGUCCCGGAACUGGAAUCCGGCGACGGGAAGGACAGCAAGGAUGGCCAGAAAGCCCCCACACGGCGGACGGUGAAAGGCAGCGUCCGUUGGUGGAUCUUGGUGGCGGCAGACAUGCUCAUGGUGCUCUGCGGCGGGACCGUGGCCACCCUACUCAUCCGCCUGUACUACAACUCCGGCGGCAACAGCAAAUGGAUGAGCACGCUCACGCAGUCCGGCGGGGCACCACUUCUGCUCAUCCCGCUGCUCCUGGCGCCGCCGCCGACCUCUGGCCCAGGCUCAGGUGAAGGCGAGGAGGAGCGCCGCCAGCCGGUACCAGCGGCGUCCAGGCUGGUGGCCGUGUACCUGGGCAUCGGGAUCCUGAUCGGCUUCGACAACCUCAUGUACGCGUACGCGCUGCAGUACCUGCCGGUGUCCACCUUCUCGCUGGUGGCAGCGACGCAGCUGGCCUUCAACGCCGUCACGUCGUGGCUCAUCAACUCACAGCGCUUCACGGCGCUCAUCGCCAACUCCGUGGUCGUGCUCACCUUCGCCGCCGCGCUGCUCGGCGUCGGCUCCUCCUCCGACGGGACGUCGUCGUCGUCCGACUUGCCGCGGGGAAAAUACGCGGCCGGGUUCGUCCUCACGCUGGCCGCCUCCGCCACGUUCGCGCUCAUCCUGUCGCUGCUCGAGCUCGCCUUCGUCAAGGUGGUCAGGGCGCGCACGCUGCGGUGGGUGCUCACGGUGCAGAUGCACACCAACCUCGUGGCGUCGGCGGUGUCGGUGCUGGGGCUGUUUGCGUUCGGGGAGUGGCGCACGAUCCCCGCGGAGAUGGCGGCGUUCAAGGACGGGAGGGCCAGGUACGUUCUGACGCUGGUCGGGACGGCGGCGGCGUGGCAGGCGGCGCUGGCGGGGCAGGUGCGGCUCAUCGCCCGGGUGUCGUCGCUCUUCGCCAAUGCGACGGGCACCGUGCAGCUCCCGCUCGUGCCCGUGUUCGCGGUGCUGCUGUUCGGCGACAAGAUGACGGGCAUCAAGGCCGUCGCCAUGCUCAUGGCCGUGUGGGGAUUCCUCUCAUACGUCUACCAGCACUACCUCGACGGCCAGCGCGCUGCUGCGGGGAAGGCCGCCGGCGCCGGGGCUCAGUUCAAGUGCUGCGUCUGUGCUGAGCGGACGGUAGACGAGGCUUCGCACGCUUGA